AUGUCGAAAGCAAGUGUUCCCGAUUUGAAAAAAUAUUUGGACAAGCAGGUUUUUGUUCAAUUGAACGGUUCUCGCAAAGUAUAUGGCGUUUUGCGUGGUUACGAUAUUUUUUUAAACAUUGUACUCGAAGACACGACCGAAGAGAAAGCAAAUGGUGAAAAAGUCAAAAUCGGGUCUGUUACGAUUCGUGGUAAUUCGGUUAUUAUGAUAGAGGCUCUAGAAAAGAUAUCCUAA